AUGGGGACAACUAUAAAUAAGUCUGAGAAUGUGUUGUUGUUGGAGUGUGAGGCAAUGACAGGACAUAAAUUGACAAUUAACUAUGACGCAACAAACAAGAAGUUACUAUCUGAUUUUAAGUCAAAUGCUAUUAAGAUACCACUGAGAUUAGUAGCAGCAGAAAUGUAUAUUUGUAAAACAGUAGUCACAUCACUGAAGAAAUCACUGGCAAUGAAUGAAUGA